UCAGAGAAGGAACACAGCUCUGACGAUUUUCGAUACCUCACGUCUCUCACCAGCCACGCCAGCCAGUUCGCCGUUCCACCCAUGGCUCCUCCGCUCGCCGCCCGCGUCCCUGUCCUAGCGCUGCUCGCCGCCGUCGCGGCGAUGGCGCCCCUCGCGGCCGCGCAGCCGUGGCCGACCUGCGACAGCCAGAGCGGCAACUACUCCGCGGGCAGCACCUACGCGGACAACCUCCUGCGGCUCGUCUCCGUCCUCCGCGCCAACGCCUCCAACUCGCCCGCGCUCUUCGCGUCGGGCUCCGCGGGAGCCGGCGCGGACGCCGUCUACGGCCUCGUGCUCUGCCGCGGCGACGUCAGCGCAUCCGACUGCUUCGACUGCGGCACCCGCGCCGGCGAGGAUGUGCAGCGGGUCUGCAACCGCACCGGCGACGCCGCGCUCGUCUACAACCAGUGCUACGUCCGCGUCGCCGGCGCCGACUUCCUCGCCUCGUCCAACAACACCGGCAUGGUGGCCCUCAUCAGCAGCACCAGCAUCCCCAGCGGCGUCGACGUCGCCGCCUACGUCGGCGCGGUCGCGAGGCUUCUCAACGCCACCGCCCGGUACGCGGUGGAGAACUCGGUCCCGUCGUCGCCGAGGAGGUACUUCGCCACGGGGCAGCUGGUGGGGCUUGACCCGCUCUGGUCCAUGGUGCAGUGUUCGGGGGACCUGUCGCCGGCGCAGUGCCUGCGUUGCCUCCAAGAUCUGGUGAUGCUGUGGUGGAACGGGAAUGGGUUCUUGCACAACGAGGUGGCCGCGAGGCUCGCCGGUUCGCGCUGCAACCUGAGGUCCGAGCUCGGGGACAGGUUCUACACCGGCGCUCCGAUGGUGAAGUUGCAGAUGAACGGUGACGCCGCCGUUCCGGCGCCGUCUACAGAUGUUGUGCCGGCCACUGUAGGAGGUGGUAGUUUAGUUGAAGAAUAG